UGCGCCUGCCCUCUCCCGGUUACGCGGCGCCGGGAGGAUGUGGGUCCUCGGCAUCGCAGCAACUUUUUGCGGAUUGUUCUUGUUUCAAGGCUUUGCGCUGCAAAUCCAGUGUUAUCAGUGUGAAGAAUUCCAGCUGAACAACGACUGCUCCUCCCCCGAGUUCAUCGUGAAUUGCACGGUGAAUGUUCAAGACAUGUGUCAGAAAGAAGUGAUGGAGCAAAGUGCGGGCGUCAUGUACCGGAAGUCGUGUGCGUCUUCAGCGGCCUGCCUCAUCGCCUCCGCCGGGUACCAGUCCUUCUGCUCCCCUGGGAAACUGAACUCAGUGUGCAUCAGCUGCUGCAACACCCCUCUUUGCAACGGGCCCCGGCCCAAGAAACGGAGCAGUUCUGCCUUGGCCCUCCGGCCCGGGCUCCCCACCACCGUCCUGCUCCUCCACUUGGCCCUCCUCUUGGCUCACUGCUGAAGCUGAAGGAGAUGCUCACCCCUCCUGCUUUGUUCUUCGGGCCCUCUGCUCCCUCUGCUCCCCAAGCUUCUCCUGGGUGUCCUGUUAUUCUGGGUGGGGAGGGGAGUGUGUUCUCUUUCGUUCAGUUCCUUCGUCACUGAAAGGCGCAGUGUAAAACAUUUUUUGUAAGCUCUGAAUAAAUUCAGUCUGAAUUUUCA